CAGCCGUCAGCCAUGGCCAUCACUACGAGGUACAAAACACCGUCUGCCCAUCUCACGCUGUUGGAUUCCUUCUCUGCUUCAUUUCUCACCCCAAUGUGAGUGGUAACAACAUGACGACGGGUGCUCGUCGAGUGUGCACUGCCUUGGCCAGACGACCGCGCCUGCGCACACCUAUGUGAAAGAGAACAACUUCAGCUACAGCAUCAACCUCCAUCUCCAUCUCCAUCUCCAUCUUGGUCGGAAGAAGCGGCAUGCUCAGGUCCUCCAUCUCCGCUUCACUCUCCGCACGAUGUUGGACUGCCACAACUGCCUAGGUACUUGUGACCGCCAUGUCUCCCUGCGAUCGUCCUCCCGCUGUACGGACUACUCCGUCCUGCGUACAUCCGAUGCUCCCCAAAGGCGUGUUCUGUACAUGGCAAUCCCUCCUCCACCCAAUCAUCGAUUCUAUUAGUCAAGCCCGACGUCGCAUCUCGCACAGGCGGCACCACGGCCUAUGACCGAGAUCUCAAAACCCCCCUCUCGUGGCCGGCAAAUGCCCCGGACAUGGCUCGGUGGACAGGUUUAUUCGAUGGAUUCCUUCAGAAUUUUGCCAGUGCCCUGUAAAAAGUGACGAUUCCUCGCCUGACCCUGCUCCUAAUUCCCUUUCCCUGUGUCUCUACUUUUCCUUUCUAUGUUUCUGGGUAAAGGAGAAGGAAGAUGGCAGAUACGGCGCCCAUUGAUGUCGCUGAACCUCGCAGCACUCCUCAAGAGAUUCACCCGCGUCAUGACAAUGAAUCCGAGAAGACGGUCGACAUUGAGGAGAGCCCUUCCACUCUGCCGAAGUUAGACGACUCCCCUCCAGACGGCGGAUAUGGCUGGGUAUGCGUGGCCUGCAAUUUCUUCAUCAAUGGACACACCUGGGGGAUCAACUCCUCAUAUGGCGUCUUUCUCUCCUAUUAUCUUAAUCACAACUAUUUCCCCAAUACCUCCGCGCUGGCAUACGCUUUUAUCGGCGGCCUGUCCAUCUCCCAGGCCAUGCUCAUCGCGCCUCUAGCCACACGUAUCAUCCACCUCUACGGCUCCAAAGUAUGCCUCCACCUGGGCGUCUUUUUUGAAACACUCUCCCUCAUUGGCGCUAGCUUUGCCACGCAGAAAUACCAGAUCAUCCUGGCCCAGGGAUUCUGCUUUGGCUGGGGCAUGGGAUUUUUGUUUGUGGGUUCUGUCGGUAUCAUAGCUCAAUGGUUCACCACGAAACGCAGCGUGGCAAAUUCGAUCGCGGCCGCGGGUUCCGGACUCGGUGGCUUGAUGUAUUCCCUUGUCACUCAGCGGAUCAUUGAUACAAUGGGCCUCCCUUGGGCAUUUCGCAUCCUGGGAAUCUGUUCCUUCGCGGUCAAUUUGACAGCGUCAAACCUCAUCCGUGACCGCAACAAACAAACCGGAUCUCGCCACAAGGGAUUUGACACCAUGAUCCUUCGCAAACCUGAAUUCCUGCUCGUCCAAGGCUGGUCGUGGUUCAGCAUGUUCGGUUACACAAUCCUGCUCUUCUCAUUGCCCGCCUACGCGCGAUCCAUCGGCCUGAGUGCAAAACAAGGCUCGGUUCUGGGGGCAAUCUUGAACCUGGGCCAAAUGCUCGGGCGGCCGUUCAUCGGUCUAUCUUCUGAUCGCUGGGGUCGCAUCAACCUCGCCACAUUCCUCAGUUUCCUGUGUGGCGUUUUCUGCUUCGCAUUCUGGAUCCCUGCCGAGACAGUGUCGUCUCCUAUGGGUCUGUUAUGUUUCUUCGCUAUCGUUGGCGGUGCUCUAGCGGGGACUUUCUGGACGACCAUUGCCCCAGUCGGCGCCGAGGUCCUGGGCCUCCAGGAUUUGCCUGCUGGGUUGUCGCUAACGUGGCUAGUCAUGGUGCCACCCACGACGUGUGCAGAGGCAAUCGCUUUGGAACUUCGACGAAAGAACACGGAUAGCUGGAUAUACCUCCCGCCCCAGAUAUUCACGGCCUUCAUGUACAUUGGUGCGGGACUGUGUUUAUGGGUGGUCAGAGGAUGGAAGGUUGGCGAGUUGAAAUGGAAGGCCCGAGUGGCGAGUGAAAGGGAGCGAAGGCAGGAGAGGAUUCUGCUAGACGAGAAGCAUUCUGUGACGGAGAAAGACGGCACCGGGAAGCCCGAGAUACGGGCCGAGAACGUGCAUGAAAUUGGUCGUGAUGCCGACGAGGUGGAGGUCCAACGGUUCAUGACACGGGAGAUCUGGGGCCCGCGGAACCUCCUCAGGAACAUGGUGGCAUGGCAAGUUGUGUAGAUAUGUAUAGUAACCAGCUGCACAUAGCCCUGUUUGAAAAUUGUCUAGGUGGUCGAAUCAGACUGACCUUG